CAAGGAAGAGCUCGAGGCGCGUCGGCAGCGCUUGUUGCACAAGAGCAUGCUUGCUCUCGACGCUCGUACAGGCUCGCCAAGUGAGCCGAAAGGCAAUACACAAAGCGCCAUGUGACGACAAAGGUGAGGACGCCAAGGCGACAUUGGCCGAUGCUCUCGACAAUUUUUGUCGCUCGCUUUGAAAAUGGCGCCGAGAUCAAGUCGCAUCUCGCCGCUUUCGGACGCGCCCGCUGCGGCGCUGGCCAACGGCAUGCAGCAGUUUCCCGACACGAUUGCGUCGACGCUCAUGGCCAAGUGCGAUGCGUUUGGCGCACCGGUCAUGCACCGCCACAAUGACAUGGAGGCUGACAGAGGCAUGCUGGCGCACCUCGGCUCGAGCACUGCGCCAAGACAGAGAUCCUCUCGCGCGACCACGUAA